AUGUUUCAAUGCUCGCAGUGCGAUAAAGCAUACCAAAGAAAGACGCAUCUGGUGCGCCAUGAGAGUACACGUGAGAAUCCGAGAUAUUUCCACGUCGAGCUCUUAGUUAACAAGGCAACAGAUAACUCCCAGCUGACUUCCCGCUGCCCAUUUUGCAAUAAGUCAUUUCAGAAACCGUACAUCAACGUAUUUCACAGGGAGGUAACUCGAAGACAUAGCAAAAUAUGUGCCAAAAAGAACAACCAGCCCCUGCCUCCUCCAGCUCGACCUGGCAGGAAGCGGCUAUCUUGCCAGGCAUGCUUCUCGGCAAAGGCGGCUUGUGAUCGGAGCUUUCCUUGCUCUCGCUGCCAGAAUUUAGGGAAACAAUGCAGCUUUGAAGCAUCUACUGACAAUCCUUGUUCUGUACUUGUCUCUCCCUCAUUGUCCUCUUCACCGUUGAUCAGCAGCACUCCGCGCAGAAUGGCAAAUGGUGGGGCCCCAUUUUCUUUUCUUCGACACUUUGCCAGCCCAUCUGUACACAAAGAUAGGCUUGCAAUAGGAGAGACUGCGAAAUAUUCCAUACGCAGAAAUCUCGAAAAUCUAUACUCCCACCUUGAAGAUGCGCUUGUGCCUGCGGAUCCACUAGCAGCGUUUUCUGGUGAUCUUCAGAUACCAGGAUUCCCCACCCAGCUUGCUUCAUCCACAGAUUACCUUCUCUCUGAAUACCCGUCCGACAUUCUAUUCCCGUCGAAACUGUCCAAUCAACUUACUCAAUUGACGAAUGAGCUGGUUGAAACGUCAAAAUCAAUGAUCAACGGGCCCAUAGACAAUCAACAACCACUCGAGCUCAUGGAAUUGACUGCAAUGCUGAGUGUAUCUAAUAUUUCAGUUUUUAUAUCAGCUUUCUUCCAAUCUUUGCACUGGCACUUGCCAAUCGUGCAUUUCCCAACAUUCGACCCUGGCAGUAUUUCAAAUCCACUGUUGUUGGCUAUCUCGUUGGCCGGUGCAGCGUAUAGCCUUCCCAUGGACGGCGCGAAUUUUUCACCAUGGAUAUUCGACGUGGCAGAGGAGUAUAUUUUCCGAAAAAUUGCGAAUUUAUCAAUUGCAUCAUCCCCGAAAGAUCUCACACAUCUGAUGCCUACGGUGCAGUUGAUUCAAAGCGCCCUUAUCAUGGAAAUGUUGCAAUUUGGGCGAGAUGAUAUCCAAACCAGACGUCGCAUCCGUAUAAUUCGACAUCCUUGUUUGGUUUCUACCAUAAGGUCCCUUGGAAUCCUCAAAUUAAAGCGCAGCACGGCACCCAGGGUAUGUGAUGACUGGACGUGGAGGAUGCUGGUCGCGGAAGAGAUGUGUAUCAGAAUCGCAUGUUGGGUCUUCCUUGCGGACGGAUUCCUUACAGUUUGUUUCAAAAACCAUCCAGCACUCUCGGUUUUUGAGAUGGACUGUCAUUUUGCCUGGAGCGCUGAGCUAUGGGAGGCCGAAGAUGCUGCGUCCUUCAGUAAUAUCGCCGUGGCUCAUUCAAUAGACGCGCCUCUCCCUCCUCUGAGUGAGGUUGUGGAGCAUUUACUUGAAACGCCCAAAACCACUGGUCCAACACCCUGGAGCUCGUCAUUAUCCCCCGAGCAUCUUCUCAUUCUAAUCUACGCUAUACAAUCCCUCGCAUUCCAGGCCCGGUCGGGCUUGCUCAAGUAUCUUUCGCCCGAAAAGAUUAGUCAAGCUGCCGAUAAUUGGAAACAGAUCUGGGAUACGGUUGUUAGCUCCCUAGAGAAAGAGCAAUUAUUGCAUCUUGGCUACCCUAAACAUGCCGAAGAACUUUGGUGGCUUUUAAACGCUACGCUGGAAGUUACCAACAAGCACGACAAGAGCUUCCCAUAUCUUGACAACACCGCGACUGAUGAACUAGGGAACCUGAAUGAUUUCAUUCAAUGGUGUUAUCAGAGCACCUCAUGA